AAGGUUGUGUGAUGGUUUAUGUUUUUUUUUUCUUUUCUUUUUUUUUGCGCAGUCCUGAAAUGAGAAAUAAUCGAACAUUUCACCCCGAACAUUAGAUAAUCAGUUAAAGAAGUGUUAGCUAUUUUUUUCUUUUAUAACACAGACCAUAUAAACGUUAUAUUUAAUUUAAAGAUAACUUUGCGCAGUAUUUUAAGCCACGUGACCGUAGCAGCGCCCUUCUAAGCUGGUAACAUUUUACGCGUGUGGAUCCGUUUGCAGGAUGUUCGCGUUUGAGCGCAGUGGGAUUUAAAAGGUCGUUAAAGAAAAGCUGGAAGAUUACUGACAACGCUUGGGGAAAGGGGGAAAAGAAAUGUCCUCACCCUCGAACAGGCGGAAUAGCUGCCGUACAGUCGUGUGCAGCAGCCGGGCAUCAUCCGAGUGCCACGGUCGCCGCCGGGGCUCCAGCUGCUCUUAUAUCUCCCCCGGAGCACAAGCCGAAGACUUCUCUGUCAGCCUGAGCCAGCCGAUGUUCACCAUCACAUUGCGCUUUCUGCUGGCGGUGGAUCUGUGGCUGUCCAAGCGGCUCGGGGUGUGCGCCUGCGAGGGGUCAGCGUGGGGCAGCAUACGGCCCCUGGUGCGGCUGGUGGAGUUCUCUGGGCAUGUCAUCCCGUGGCUUAUCGGAGCUGUGUACACUUUGCUCCGCGGGGAGAGCGCGGCGGAGCAAGAGAUCAUGCUGAAUUUGACCUUAGCUCUGAUUCUGGACCUGCUGCUGGUCAGAACCGUGAAGACGCUGGUCAGACGUCGAACGCCUUCACAGAACCGCUCUGACAUCUUCUCCACCUUCUUUGUGGAGCGCUAUUCCUUUCCCUCGGGCCACGCUUCGAGGGCAGCCAUGUGCGCCCGCUUCUUCCUCGCCCAGCUGGUGGACACAGCCUCCAUGCGGGCUCUGGUGGUGGGCUGGGCCGUCCUGGUGAGCCUGUCCCGACUGCUGCUUGCCAGACACUACGUGACAGAUGUGGGCUUUGGGUUGGCCAUGGGCUACUGCCAGUACAGCUUAGUGGAGAGGUUGUGGGUGACUUGGGACUUCCUGCAGGACCUGCUGCUCAUGCGGCUGAGGGAGAGCCUUGACAGGGCGUACAGCGAACUCUGGAUGGUGGAUUGGAAACAUUAGAUUGAUUUGAGAUGUGUGUGUGUUAGCCUCUGUGUGGAAAAAAUGUGUAGCAUGAGUGUGUGUAAUUCAGAAACCCCCCUUGCUAUACGUUAUUUAUUAUUUAAUUAAAGUUACUCUCUCUGCUUCUACAUAAUUUCUCUCCAUCUUUUAGACCAAUCAUGUUCCAG